AUGGCGGAAAUACCAGACGUCCAGCAAGCAUGGGUCGUCGUUCGACGUGGACGGCCUUCUUAUGCACUCGAACUCAAGACUGAUUGGCCUGUCCCUAAGAAACUUGAGAAGGGCGAAGUUCUUGUCAAAGUGCAGGCAGCAGCUCUCAACCCUCUUGGAUGGAAGUUAAUGCGUGUAUUGCCCAACUUCCUUGCCAAGAGACCUCACGUCGCAGAAAGCGACUUUAGUGGCGUUAUAGUUGAUGCAAAUGGAACUGAGUUCUCCAACGGAGACCCAGUUUACGGAUGGAUCCCUACAGAUCUGCAACAGAAGACCCGGCAAGGCUCAAUCCAACAGUAUCUCCGCGUUCCAGUCGACUACAUCGUCCCUCGACCUCCCAACGUCACCCCAAUCCAGGCAGCUGGCAUAACCCUCACGAGCACGACUGCUUAUCUGGCCCUAGUCACAGUCGCAAAGGUUGAGGCUGAACAGACGGUGUUUAUCAACGGAGGCAGCACUGCUGUCGGAGCAUACAGCAUCCAACUCGCAAAGGCCAAAGGCGCAAAGGUCGUUGCGACAGCCUCUGGAAAGAACGAGGCUUUCGUGAAGAGCAUGGGUGCAGACGAGUUCAUCGACUACACCCAAGAGCCAGGCCUCGUCAAACGUCUGACUGAACAUCCCCCUUCGACCAAAUAUAACAUCAUCUACGACGCAGCUGGCCUUAUUGAUCCUGCUCUUUACUGUAACAGCGCGAAGUACCUCGCACCUAACGGAAUAUUCAUGAGCACUGGUCCCAUUCCCCACACUGUUAGCUUUCCGGAAGUCUGGAAAGGGAUCAGGACGUUAUUUGCGAUAUCCAUGCCUGCGUGGCUGGGCAACGUCAACAGGAAAUACGCAAUUCCUAUGGUUCGUAACAACAAGGAAUAUCUCGUCGAGGUUCAAAAACUUUUUGCGGAAGGCAAAUUGAAACCAAUCGUCGACUCCGUGUACAAGUUCGAGGAUACCCUCCAGGCGUACGAUCGCAUCCUCACGACUCGCGCCACAGGUAAGGUUAUCGUCAAGGUCGACCCUACCGUGGAGUAA